AAGGAAUGUCUUGAUUAUCAGAUAAACAAUUCCAAUUUCUGCAAGAUGAUCCACAUGAAAAGGACCCUUUGUCAUAAAUACAAGCAGGCAAAGAAUGGCAUCACCAAAAGUGAAAAGGCUUUCAACAGACUUGAUGAAGCAGCACCUGCAGAUUCAAAGACAGAAUGGUUAGCCAGUGAGAGGAUCACUCAGUCCAACAGAAUAAAUGAUCCUGCAGCAAUGGAUAUAUAUGAGAUUAAUAUCAAGAAG